AGAGAGGGGGACAGAGGAAAGAGCUGCAGCCCCCAGCACCUGCCCCUGCAGCUCCUGGACACCCAGGACCUGCUCCCAGCCCGUGCCAUGGAGGGAAAGGCAGAUUAUCAGCAGAGUGUGGUGGAGCUGGUGGCUGCGUUUGAAGAGCACUGCAGGGACAGCACAUCAGCCCAGAGGGACAAGCAGGCAGGCAGGCAGCCCCAGCAGCUUCCAGCAUUCCCUGCCAGCCAGAGGUGCUCCCCGACCAGAGAAGAGAAUGAGGAGGAGGAGGAGGAUCAGCAAGGUCAGCGUGGACUCAGCUUCAAAUGCCUCCGUUCUCUGCGAUGCAAAAUCCGUGAGGACAACUGGAGGAGGCCACAGGGCCCAGGCCUGGAGCCUGGCAGCCAGGAACCAGAGGAAAAGAAAAUCGCACUGGAGCUGCUGGAGACAGAGCAGGCUUAUGUCAACCGCCUCCACCUCCUUGACCAGGUAUUCUAUUCAGAGCUGAUGAAAGAAGCCAAAACUGGGAAGACAGUCCCAGAGGAGGUAGUGAAAAUGAUCUUUUCCAACAUCUCCUCCAUCUACCAGUUCCACGCUGAGUUCUUCCUGCCAGAGCUGCAGAAGCGCAUGGAGGAUUGGAACCGCAACCCCCGCAUUGGGGAUGUCAUCCAGAAGCUUGCACCCUUCCUCAAGAUGUAUGGGGAGUACGUGAAGAACUUCGACAAGGCCGUGGAGCUCAUCACUGCCUGGUCAGAGAAAUCACCCCCCUUCCAGGAGCUCAUUGCUGACAUCCAGAAGAGGAAGGUCUGUGCUAACCUGACGCUGCAGCACCACAUGCUGGAACCCGUGCAGAGGAUCCCGCGCUACGAGCUCCUCCUGAAGGAUUACGUCCGGAAACUCCCGCCCCAAUCCCCCGACAGGGGCGACGCCGAGAAGGCCCUGGAGAUGAUUUUUAUGGUGGCCAAGCACUCCAAUGCAGCUAUUGCCGAGAUGGAACGGCUGCAGAACCUCUGGGUGGUCUAUCAGAGGCUGGGCCUCGAGGAUGACAUCGUGGAUCCCUCCAAUGAGCUGAUCAAGGAGGGACCAAUCCAAAAAGUCUCCACCCGCAACAACAGCACAUCGGAGAAGUACCUGUUCCUGUUCAACAACAUGCUGCUGUACUGCGUGCCCAAGGUCAUCCAGGUGGGCGCCGAGUUCCAGGUCCACCUCCGCAUGGAUGUGGGGGGCAUGAAGGUGCGGGAGCUGAAGGACGCUGAGUUCCCUCACACCUUCCUGGUGUCAGGAAAGCAGCGGACGCUGGAGCUCCAAGCCAGGUCUGGGGAGGAGAUGAACGCCUGGAUCAAGGCCUUCCAAGAUGCCAUUGACAGGAAGGAGAAGAGGAGUGAGACCUUUAAGACAGCAGUCCAUGGACUGGAGACAGACACCCCUGCACUGAAGACAGAGGAGCUGGGCCGCCGAGCCCCGCAGUGGGUGCGGGACAAUCUGGUGACCAUGUGCAUGCGCUGCAAGGAGCCCUUCAACGCCAUCACCCGCCGGAGGCACCACUGCCGAGCCUGUGGAUAUGUGGUGUGUGCUCGCUGCUCUGACUACAAGGCCGAGCUGCAGUACGAUGGGAACCGCCCAAACCGGGUCUGCCAGGAGUGUUUCAUCUUCCUGACCGGCCACACGGUGCUCGAGGACCGCGAGGGGAAGCACAAAGGCAUCCUGGAGAAAGGAGCUGCAGAGGUAUCAAGCAGGAGUUUGCUCUGCAGUUCCCUGCAGCUGCUGGACAAGAACGGCAAGGGGAGCACACGGGGCUGGUUCGUGAUCCCACAGGACGAUCCCCUCGUGCUCUACAUCUAUGCAGCCCCCCAGGACGUCCGAGCCCACACCUCCAUCCCCCUGCUGGGCUACCAGGUGCGGGACAUGCCCCAGAGCGAGUCCCGGCACCUCUUCCAGCUGGCGCAGUCCCGGCAGGUGUUCACCUUCGUGGCCGACACUGAGGAGCUGAAGCAACGCUGGAUGAAGGCCAUGGCACGCUCUGCAGCGGGGAUCACGCACCCGGAGGAGGAGGAGGAGGGUGCAGAUGAAGCAGAAUGAGGCCAUUGCCACCCCUGCGCUGCCUGGGGGUCACACCUUCCCUGCCUGCUCUCACUGCUGGCUUUGGGCAGACCGCCGACAUCUCUGCAUUCUGGUUUUCCAUCGUGAUAGGGGCAAGGCGGGGACACGUUUGCCAGCACACGGACAAGCUGGAUCCCCUUUCCCUCGCUGCUCACGCUCCGCGCUGGACAGAGCGGAGGGAGCGGAGGGAGCGGGGGAUUUUGGGGAGCCCGCGCCCCGCAGAGCCCGGGCGCUGUGCGGUGCCACCGGCGGCCACGCGAGGGCAGCACCGCCCCGUCCUUCCGCAGCCGGGCGGGGAUGCCCCGAGCCGGGCGAGCCCGUGGGACGGGGACUGCUGGGAUAAACCCCACCUGCCACCCCCCUCUGCACU